GAGGAGGGACGUGAAGGCAUCAUGACGUCAGAACCUUGCGACGCACGUGUGGUGUAGUGAGGAGCAGAGAUGGCUGCUGAAAUGCUUCAUUUUCAUGAAAUGGGCUUUGACGACCGUCUUUUAAAGGCGGUUGCAGAUCUCGGGUGGUCCCAGCCCACUCUGAUCCAGGAGAAGGCGAUCCCUCUGGCUCUGGAGGGGAAAGACCUUCUAGCACGAGCCAGGACUGGAUCAGGAAAGACCGCUGCUUACGCUAUCCCCGUCAUCCAGCGCAUCCUGGCCUCCAAACAGAGCGUUAGAGAGCAGGAAGUGAGAGCUCUGAUCCUGGUUCCGACCAAAGAGCUGGGUCAGCAGGUUCAGGCCAUGAUGAGACAGUUAACAAUGUACUGCUCCCGGGACGUCCGAGUGGCCGACAUCACGGGGAAAUCUGACCUAUCAGCACAGAGGCCUAUCUUAAUGGAGAAGCCCGAUGUGGUUGUGGGGACCCCGUCACGAGUGCUCGCCCACCUCAGUGCCCAGAACCUGGUCCUGCAUUCGUCCCUUGAGAUGCUGGUGGUAGAUGAGGCCGACCUGCUCUUCUCUUUUGGCUUCGAGGCAGACCUGAAGAACUUGUUGUGUCAUUUGCCAAAUAUCUACCAGUCGUUCCUGAUGUCAGCUACUCUCACAGAAGAUGUUCAGGCCUUAAAGGAGCUGCUGCUGCACAACCCUGUGAUCCUGAAGCUCCAGGGCUCUCAGCUCCCCGACAGCAGCCAGCUGCAGCAGUACGGCCUCAAGUGUGAGGAGGAGGAUAAGUUCCUGCUCAUCUACACGCUGCUGAAGCUGAGGCUGGUUCAGGGGAAGACGCUGGUGUUUGUGGGAGCGGUGGACCGAAGCUACAGACUCAAACUGUUCCUGGAGCAGUUUGGGAUUCCUGCCUGUGUGCUCAACUCUGAGCUGCCCGUCCAGUCCAGGUGUCACAUCAUCACUCAGUUCAACCAGGGCUUCUACGACUACAUCAUCGCCACAGAUGAACAGAGUUUGGCCGACCCCGCUGCUGCUCCACCGCCGACGGCAGGCAAAGGGAAGAAGAAGAAGAAGAAGAACACAGACAAGGGAGGAAGGGCGAAGGACAAAGAGUAUGGAGUCUCCAGAGGGGUGGACUUCCAGAAUGUUUCAAAUGUCAUCAACUUUGAUUUCCCCAUGACUGUAGAAUCAUACAUUCAUCGAGUUGGGAGAACGGCCCGAGCAGACAACCCCGGCACCGCUCUGUCCUUCAUCUCUCACACUGAGAUUGGUGUGCUAGCAGAGGUGGAGGACGCUCUCACAGGAGAUAAGUCUGAUUGUGUUCUAAAACCAUACGAGUUUAAGAUGGAAGAGAUUGAGGGCUUCAGGUACAGGUGCAGGGAUGCCAUGCGUUCAGUGACAAAGCAGGCAGUGAAGGAGGCCAGACUGAAGGAGAUCAAACAGGAGCUGCUCAACUCAGAAAAACUCAAGACAUAUUUUGAGGACAACCCCAGAGACCUGCAGCUGCUCAGACACGACAAAGACCUCCAUCCUGCUGUCAUCAAACCCCACCUGAGGAACGUGCCCGACUACCUCAUUCCCGAGACACUGAAGGGCGUCGUGAAUCCGCUGUCAAACAGGAGGAAGAAGAAGAAGAUGGUCAAAUCAAAACCAGAUGGAGUCAUCAAGAGCAGCUUCAAGAACAUCCAGGGGAAGAACCCACUGAAGAGUUUCCGAUACAGCGCCGGGAGGAACAGGAAAGACACACCAGUCAAGUCCUAGCCGGAGCUGCAGUACACAGAGUGUAUCAGUCCUGGAGGUUAUAACUGUGCAGAAACCCAGAGGACCGCUCUGAUCCAGUGUCGGCCCGGACGAGACAAAUAUAAACUGUAUUGACUUUGGAUGAAAUGGGCUGUUGAGUCUAUAUGGCCCACGGAGGAAACGGACGAUGAACGCAGACUUAUGUGAACUUUGAAACGAAGAAAAUGCAGGAGACAUCCGUUUGAACUUGGAUUUUGUCAAAUCUAAACAUGAUAUAUUGUCUGUUGAGGAAUACAGUAUCUGUAUCAUCUUAUUUCUAAUGCGUCUGUUCUAAAAACAUUGAAAUGUUGAUUAAAAUAAAAGUAUUUCUUCUCAAACGUUAA